CUACUCAUUGGCCCAAUGACAUGAUCCCCAUCUUCCUAGCUUCCUAUUCAUUUCACCUAGCUUUCACCUCCCCUUUUCCCUUCCCUUUAAUCUACAAAAGCCAAACCUCUUGAUCUUCAUCAUUCAUCAUCACACUAUGUCUUCAAGUGGCAAGGAUUUGGGAGAAGGAUCAAGCUCUCCAACAGAUCAUUACCAACAGAGUCCAGGGACACUUAGCCGCUAUGAGUCUCAAAAGAGAAGAGAUUGGAACACUUUUGGUCAGUACUUGAAGAACCAAAGGCCUCCAGUUCCACUUUCUCAGUGCAACUGUAACCAUGUGUUGGAUUUCCUUAGGUAUCUUGACCAGUUUGGGAAGACCAAGGUUCACCUUCAAGGGUGCAUGUUCUAUGGCCAGCCAGAACCUCCAGCACCCUGCACUUGCCCCCUUAGACAGGCUUGGGGAAGCCUUGAUGCUCUCAUAGGGAGGCUCAGGGCUGCUUAUGAGGAAAAUGGUGGGUCCCCUGAGACCAACCCUUUUGCAAGUGGCUCAAUCCGUGUGUACCUUAAAGAGGUUAGGGAGUGCCAAGCCAAGGCUAGAGGUAUCCCUUACAAGAAGAAAAAGAAGGGCACAAAUCAAGGCAAGGGAAAUGAUGAAUCAUCCUCCACCAUGCACUUCUCUUGAAUAUCAUCAUCCCUUUCAAGUGAUAUCAGAUGGAUAAUGUAGCAUCAAUCAAAUUGGAGAUUCUCGAUCUUCAGGAAGAAGUGUCUAUUGAAGGUUCGGUUUUUAUAUCGAUCGAUGAUUUGUUGGCAUGCUACUCUUUAUAAUGUUCUUCUUCUGUUUACCCGAGAGUUUGUAAGAUCCUGGCAGAACAACAUAGUCAUUUAUUAUUCAUGCCUUAGUUAAAUUUGCAUUCAAACUUCAAGUUGCAUAUAUACAUAUAUAGUUAGUUCUCUUUGUCAUGUGUAUUUUUGGGAUUGGUUCCAUUAAAGUGUAAGGUAUUUUAAUAUACUCUUCCAAAUGUGAUGAAUAGGGUUGACCUAAGGUUCAAAUAAUAUGCAUGGGAUCUUAAAUUCUAAAUUUAU